CGCUGCGAGCGUAUCUUUGAAUCGCAAGCAUGGCGGCCUCGUUCGGGCUCUAUUUCGGCAACACGAACCUUUGCCUGGCGAUUCACAAGGAUGGCAACACUGAAGCAGUCACCAAUGACUCUGGUGACCGUGUCACCCCUGCAGUCAUUGCAUUCUCAAAUGGAGAGAAGUCGGUGGGGCUGGCUGCCAAGAGCGAGAUGGCUCGCAACCCAAGUGGCACCAUCUGCAACCUGAAGUGCCUGAUAGCUGCCACCUCACCCGAGGAGGUGCAGAAGAUCGCCAGCGACAGUCCGUGCAAGAUAGUGGCAGAGGGAGACCGGGUCCACUACGAGGUGUCCUCCACAGACAAUGGUCGCAGCACUCGACACUCGUGCAGCGAUGUUCUCGUCUACCUCUUCCACAAGAUGUUUGAGGUUGCCGAAAGCCAAGGAAGUGACGAGUACCCUGCUGUGGUGACAGUGCCUCCAGAGUUUGACGAGCAGCAGAGGCAACUUGUUGCGCAGGCCCCGACAAAACUUAGCCUGAGUGACCAUGUGUUCUACAUUUCCUGCAGCCGGUACCUGCUGUAUCGACUGGGUGGGCAAACGGCAAGUGCGAGCAUAGUGGCAGUGUGCAAUGGUGCCUACCGCCUCGUGGCCCAUGCCUCUGCACAGCCUGCCCUGGGUGGCCGGGAUUUCACUGCUGCCGUCGUCGACCACUGUGCCCAGGAGUUCAAGCGCCAGAGCCGCGGGGCCGACUUACGCGAGAGCCGGCGGGCUCUGGCACGACUGUGGAAUGCCGCCGAGACGGCCAAGCACGUCCUGGCAACGCUGGAGACAGCCCAGUGCUUUGCAGAGUCCGUCUACGAGGGAAUGGAUCUCAGCCUCAACAUCAGCAGGGCAAGGUUUGAAUCUCUGCUGGGCUCCUUGCUGACCCGGUGUGCAGAGCUUGUGGACGAGGUUCUGCGACGGGGCAGCCUCGAAGCCUCCGACAUCCACAAGGUGGUUCUGUGCGGUGGAUCGACCAAGGUGCGCCGACUGCGCAGCCUCCUGGCAUCGCGCUUUCCUACGUCACAGCUCCUUGACACCCACAGUCCUGACGAAGUGAUCGCCCUGGGUGCAGCCAUGCAGGCAGCGCUCCUGUCCUCUCGGGGUGAGACAGUACGGGACGUCCCUCAUCACGUGCAAGUUCCAGCCCUUGCCCACAGUGUCUACAUCAAGACUGGUGCAGAAGGCUCACUGACUGAGGUGCUAGGCCAAGGAACUCCAGUGCCUGCACGGUGGCAGCAACCGGUGGCUCGGGCGGAAAGCGAGAGCAGCGCCAUGCUUGAAGUGUACGAAGGGCGUGGCGACGGCCAAGAUGCCGCCCUCCUGGCUCGGGUUUGCAUGGAUGGACUGGAGGAGGAGUCCAAACUUGUUGCCAGUGUGAGCAUACGCAGUGAUGGCUCAGUCCACAUUUCGUGCACGGACAAGCACAGUGGCCGCACUGAAUCUGUCACGCUGGAUCCAACGGCGACGAGUGACGCAUCGGACACCUCAGGAAGCUGACGAUGCUGCUCGUCUAACCUAGGUUUCUCGCUUAAGCAGCCCUGCUCGGCUGUUGUAGUCAGUGAACAUGUUUUUCGCCAACCUCCCUGUCUGUAAAUUGUUCUUUGCACCAGUCAGCGGCGAGGGCGUCUGUGCCCUUUGUGAAGCAUGAAAACUUGGCGAAAGAAGCGACGGCAAGUGCCCCAGGAGAAACAUUUUUGUAACGUCAUUGUGAUGGUGUUUGUUGGCUGGCGGUCAUGUGUUUUGUUUGUUUGUUUUGUUUUCAGUGUAAAUACAGUUAAGCAUUGACUGACCCAUCAGUGCUUUAAGAAAAGUGGGACGUGCUGCCAUUUGUCGUUUGCCUUUGAAGACACGCACAUUGAGGACCAGAGCUUGUGAUUACAUACAGUGCUGAAAUGGCCACUAGGUUUUUCUUUAUCGUUUUUUUUAGACUUCAGAAAGGUAAAGACCAAAACUGCUGACGGUGACCACCAUGGGCAAUUGGAGCAGUGCAGGAUAUCCUUCAAGUAUUGGUAUUAUCUUGUAGACUUGGCCUGCAUUGCUGGUCAAGCCUGCAUUGAGUCGAUAGACGCUGCUUCAAGUUUCUCGUUGUCAUGGCCUGGCAUAAACACGGAACAAGGCUAGGUCUUUCGUCAUUUCAUAAAAAUUCAUUCUGUAACUCUUUUUGUUAGGGCAAGACGUGUGUUUGUCACAAGACAUGGUGGAUUGAUCGACUGAUUGAAUGCGAUGUGUCAUGCUUACUGUGUGCAAAUUUUGCUCUGUUUAAUAAUGUAAUGUUUCAACGCUCCAUAUUGCAGAUUCUGCACUUUUGCCAUCCAUGCAUACAGUCCAGAGGAUUUUUUUUAUUUUAAUGAUGGUCCAAACCCUCCAAGCUCUAAAAGAAAUUCUUGUUUCAUGCAAACAACUAUCGAUACGCAGGAAAUGGAUACAUCAUGAUGAUGUAAUCAGUGACUAGCUCCUUUCUUGCAAUUGCUGUGGUGAUUAUGCACCAGCUGUGCUGAUGAAAUACAUAGCACUCGCGUUCUUUUUAUUUAUCAUCGUUGUUAUCAUAUGCAGCCAUGUAGCUACAUGUUGCCAUAAAAUGCUGAUUUCAACAACUGACAUCAGUGGUAUGUAGUCUGGAGCUUUGAAACUAGCUUUGUAAAUGUUUCCUCACUAUAUUGUCUUUCCAGACAGCCUAUGAAAAUGCAUCAUAGGUAGGGAUGUGCGAAUACUAAAUUUUAGUUUCGAAGCGAAUAUUGAUCUGGUUGAAAAAUUUUGAAUUGAAUAGUUCAAAUAGUAUAUAUCACAUAUUAUAAAGAAAAAUGAGCACAUUUGUCAUGACCCAGUUAACCUGCACAACAUGUUUACAAAGUUGGAACAACGCAUGUGUGAAUGUCAUUCUUUUUUGGUUCGAACUGAUGUGGAAGCAAUUUUGAAUAGUAGCAGGAUUUGAACUUUAGUAGGAUGCAAGUGAGAACCGGUAAAGUAUGUUAUGUUUUAAAAUUUUUAUUUUGCAUGGAGCAUAUAAGCCUGUAUAACAAGCUUUUAAACUUAAAAAGUGAGUAAUCGUAUGGGGGUAAUCUGCGCUUAUAUUUGUUCAAGAUGGUAAUAUGUGCGUUUAACCUUGAAGUGGGGCUUCGCGACAGCGUGGAUUUUUCCUUAGUAGAUGUUUUCACAGCAUAGCACUUCUACAAUGCAGUGAAACCACCUUUGCAGGGG